CUACGUCGUAAUCGCAAAACCCAAAGCAACACAGAGAUUCUUCUUCGGGUAGGCCUAGUUGUGUUAAAUAUAGGGAUAACAAAUUGUUAGAAAUAUUUCAUUAAUUUAACGUAUACGGAAUCAAUCGCGACAUGGUUAAGCCUACACUCAAUCCAAAACCGGAUGGAGGGGAAAAGGACGAAAUUAAGAAAGAAAAAGACAUCGAAGCAGCUCUGAAAGACUCGGGUGUUGAGACUCAAGUAUUUGUUGCCCCUGCUGCCGUUGCAGCUCCAACCCGACCUAGAAGAUGUGGAUUCUGUUGCGUAAUGCUUGUAGUAUUGCUAUUUGCAGUUAUUGCUAUUGGAACUUUCUUUGCUUUGGAUAGAUUUGGAACCAUUAAACGCACCAAAUGGUGUGGUGUGACCUAUGACACAUAUCUAGACCAGGAUGCAGAAUACAUCAAUCAAGAGCCUCAGCAACAGUGGUGUUAUGAAGAUGUUGACAUUGAUGUGACCAACGACUUGGAGACGAUUGACAAACCAGAUGAUGAAUUCUCCGAGCGUGUAACGAUCAUGCACGACUACAAAGUUAACCUCUCAGCCUACCACUUGCUGAAUAGCAGAAUGUGUUACGUGAAAUACAUUGACCCAGAAAUCAUUGCCAACCCCGCAGAAUUCUGGAAAAAUUUUCAGGAUCCUGAAUUCUUCAACCAUCACUAUGAAAUACUAUAUGAAACGUAUACUGCUGUUGAGCCUGCUAUCACCAAUCUUGAUAGCCUAGGACCAAAUAUCGCAGCUCUCUGCAAUGAGGUACCCACAUAUUGGAUACAGAAACUGCCAUCUGUUACGUUCUUGGAGCUGUGGAAUAUGUUUGUUAAUGCCUUCUUGGAGUAUGGUGAGAGCAGCUAUCUUGAUGAACGUGUACGAAGAGAUGUGGCAGGUAUGGAAGAUACUGUGAACAAAGUUCGAAACUUUGAUGGAAAAUUUGUAACCGACAUGAAGAUUCUUCCUCCAAAUGUAAUUGACCAAUUGGAGAAUGCAGGCAAACUGUCCGGAAAAUUUAAAACACUCAGCAAGAAAUACAGGCAGAGGUUUAGCCAGAAGGUGCCUGCUUAAUUUUAAGCUACUGCUAUAUUUACACCAACAUAUACAGCUACACAUAUUUUAGAAGUUUUAAGUAUUAGACAACUUUUAGGGGAAGUACAGAACAUAAUAUUUUGAUUGGAUAUAUUAAUAGUUGUCCAAGCUUUUAUGCAGAUGGAAAUUAAUACAGAAGGGUUGUAUGUAUACAUGUACGUUACAGGAAUUUAUGCAGAUAGAGAUAAGUAUACAUUGUACAAUGUCAUUAGUUUAAGCUGUUUUGUUAGCAUGGGCAUUUUAUUAGAAAAAUUUAACAGGAUCCGUUAAAGCUUUAUAUAUGUAUUAUAUACUAUCUAUUGUGUUGGAGCUACCAAAUGAUUUACCUUUGAGUUGUCAUGUUUAUUGUUAAUUAUUAUUAUGCAAUACAGUUUGUUGUGUAGAUCAGCAAAUACUCAGAAAAACAUUAAGAGUUUCCCACCAUUUUGCAAACCAUUCUUGACAUUUUAAAUCUUUGCAUACCCCAACAUUUCAAAAUCGUGUAAAUGCACUUUUUGAAACCGGAACAUUUGAAACAGGAAAUUCAAAAUUCUGCGUUUUUUAUUUUUAUUUAUUUAUUUUUUUCAUUUAUUGUAUGUUUAUUUUUUCUGUUCAUACAUUAACCUAAUCAAAAUUGUCUUGAUAUUGUGAAGUAUAAAAUGCUUUGAUUGGAGUAUAUUUUAAUUAUAUUUAUCAAAAGAAUAAUGAAAUAUCUAGCUAAAGAAGACUUGUUGGAGAGUGAAACUUGCAAAUUCAGCAAACGUAUGUCAAUGGCAUUUACGUAAGUUUCUGACCAUGAACUUUGUUGCACUUUACGGUCUAAAGUGUUGCUACUGUUUGGUAAGACAGUAUACAGAGUAAGAAACAGGACCUGAAACAAAAAAAAUGCUUUAUUAGUUAUAAUUCAGAAGAGGAGAUGAUCUAGUGAAAUCAUGUUUUAUCAAAAGAGUUUUUUAGAAGUUUCGGUCUUGAAAUGAAAGUCUGAGUUUUGUAAAUGUCUGUACUGUAAAACCAUGUUUCUGAAAGUUUUUGAUCCAACUGUAUAUAACUCCCCAAUAUUCAACAUUUAAUCUUCUAAAAUUGCUUGCAUGCUUUUAUCCUUAACAUUUGUUUGUAAAUUUUAAAAAUUGUUUAUCUUCCAAAAAGAAUUUGUGAUAUACUUCAGAAAAUGUUUCUCUUUAUCUUUCUUUAUUGCUGAAAGUCUAGAAUUUUGUGGACCUUUCUGGAAUGUCAAUCAAACUUAACAAUUGACCAAUCAGAACAAGGCCUGAAAUAUGUGCAUGUCAAACAAGAACACAUGUUGUCCCAAAAAUGCACGUGUUUGCGUAUGUUUUAACACUGUCGUUUUGUUGGACCUUUCUGGAAUGUCAAUCAAACUUAACAAUUGACCAAUCAGAACAAGGCCUGAAAUAUGUGCAUGUCAAACAAGCAGACAUGUUGUCCCACAAAUGCACGUGUUUGCGUAUGUUUUAACACUGUCGUUUUGUUGGACCUUAGUAACAAUAUCCAAGGGGCGGGGCUUAGCGGAAAGGUCCAUUAUGUUUCCACAUUUUUCUAUACUAAUUCACUCGCAAAUAUAAUUGACAACAAAACGCACUGUGCAUUUUCAUUGACAUAUUUGAUGGAACAGUUGUAGUUGAUCCCAUUUUUUGCAUUAGUACACAGUAAAACUUCUAAUAAUAGUAAUCUGUUUUCAAUAUUAAAGUCAAUUCGUAGUUUGAACUGCGCAUGCCCAUAUCAUUGUCAACCGAUAUAAACAAACAUACAUGAUACUUUAUUGAUAAAUCAAACAUCUCUUGAUAAAACAACAUUACAGAAAAACAAGUUACAUAAAAAUGCACAAGACAAUACUGUACAUGAUACACUAAGUUCAAGGUUUAUGUCGAUUGAUUUUGGGUACGGGCAUGCGCAGUUCAAACUACGAAUUUGCUUAUUUGUGAAAUCAUACAUUAGCAACAGUGUUGAAACAAUUUGAAUGCAUUUAAGGUAAAUUUUAAUUCAACAGAUUUGAAAGCCAAUAAAGUAGUUAUGCAGAUAACAAGAUGAAAA